UAUGAACAAAAUUUUUUUAACCUUCGUACUUGUUAGUGUCUGUUUGUGUUAAGAAGGUACUAAAUCUAUAUAUUCUAAGAAACUCUCAUUUAACUCGAAAAUGGAGUAAGUUUAACCAAUCUAAAUAAACUCAUGACUAUGGAUUAUGGCCAAUUAGAUUGUUAAGCAAAUUUAUUAUAGGUUAGUCACUAAUUAAAAAUGUGGGCUGAACUAUUUUAAGAUGAGAAAGUGAUUCAUCAUGAAAUUCGAUUAUUGAGUACUGCUCAUAAAAUACUUAAUCAACAAAAGUUUAAUAGAUUGAGAAACACAAGUACAUUGUUUAAAUUAAAUGGUAGACACUGUGCAAAGAGCAAAGAGAGUACUUGCUGCCUUGAGACACAAUACACAUAAGAGAUAACAUACAAUUUAUUAGUAAUGGAGAGCAAAUGAAAUAGAUUAAUUGAAACAUUCAAUCUAAUUAUUACAAACAGCAACAAGUAUACAUUUUUAUUAAUAUAAUGUUUAGAUCAAGAUGAAAGCAAAUAAUGCUGUGAUAGAAUUGAGUAAUUGAUCAACAAGUUUUUGGAUGAGAGAAAACAUAUUGCUAAAUAAUGUGGAAAUGCUGAUGUAAAUAUCAAUUAUACUGUUAGGUUACAAUCAAUAUUAUUAAUGACAACGAAGGUAAAAUCCAAGUGAUCAAUAAGAAAUGCCAUGAAGGUGACGCUGAUGUUAAAAUAAAUAGAGUGGAUUCUAUUGAUAAAGUUAUUGUUGGAUAAGCAUAAUAAUAAAAGAAACAAGAAGUUGUUGUUGAAGAGCACCAUGAAGAACAUCAUGAAGAACACCAUGAAUAAUAAGUCGUUGAAGAACACCAUGAAUAAUAAGUCGUUUAAGAACACAAAGAAGAACACCAUGAAGAACACAAAGAAGAACAUCAUGAAGAGCAUCAUGAGGAACACCAUGAAUAAACUGAGACUGUGACCAAGGAAACAGUUGAACAUGAAGAAGAGGAAGAAGAAACAGAGGAGGUAGUCAUUGAGGAAACAGUAACUAAAACUACUACACACAAAGUUGAAGAAAUCCCUGAUGACGACGAUGAUGUUGUUGAAGGAGAAUUGGUUUCAGCUUAAGGUGUAGGAGCAAGUGGAGAAGGAGGUAGAACCUGAU